AUGCUAGCAGCGGUUCAGGGAAUAUUAUCUCAACCGACGUCCCUAUUGGCUUCAAAGAUAUCUGUCAGUUGUUUGCUAACAUCGAGAUACCGUUUUUUGCAUUAUAAUACGAAAAUGUCUAAUAAAUACAGGACCUUAGGGACAGAUUCCGAGUUUUUAAAGCCAGAUUUAGACGAUCGGAAGUACAGGUACAUCCAGUUGCCUAAUAAUUUAAAAGCUUUAUUGAUUUCAGAUGCUGAAGCAGAUAAAGCUGCCGCUGCGUUGGAUGUCAAUAUCGGAUCUUUCCAGGAUCCGGAACAUUUGCCAGGGUUGGCGCAUUUUUGCGAACAUCUUUUGUUCAUGGGGAACGAAAAAUAUCCUGAUGAAAACGACUAUUCUUCGUUUUUGUCCAAGCAUGGCGGCUCCUCGAAUGCUUACACCGGAUCACAAAACACCAAUUACUAUUUUCAUUUAAAUCAUGAGAAUUUAUAUCCGGCAUUGGAUAGAUUUUCCGGGUUUUUCUCAUGUCCAUUGUUUAACAAGGCUUCAACGGAUAAAGAGAUCAACGCUGUCGACAGUGAGAACAAGAAAAAUCUACAAAAUGAUAUUUGGAGAAUGUAUCAACUGGAUAAAAGCUUAACCAACUGGGAACAUCCGUAUCAUAAAUUCUCCACUGGUAACAUCAAGACUCUCGGAGAUAUCCCAAAGCUGAAAGGGAUUGAUAUCAGAAACGAACUAUUGGACUUCCACAAGAACAAUUACAGUGCAAAUUUGAUGAAACUUUGUGUCUUAGGCAGAGAAGAUUUAGAUACCUUGGCAGAUUGGGUUUAUGAGUUAUUUAAAGAUGUUCCAAAUUUGAAUAAACAGGUCCCUUAUUACCCAGCUCGUUUGUAUACAGAGUCUCAAUUGAAGAAAAUGGUGUAUUGUAAACCAGUGAAAGACUUGAAGAAAAUUGAGUUUACUUUUCCUACCCCGGAUAUGGAUCCAUAUUGGGAAUCAAAGCCUAACCAUUAUCUAUCUCAUUUGAUCGGUCAUGAAGGCAACGGGUCUUUGUUGGCUUUUUUGAAAGAAAAGGGUUGGGCAGUAGAACUUUCUGCUGGUUCUCAUACUAUUUCGAAAGACAAUGCGGUAUUUGGUAUCGAAAUCGAUUUAACUGAUGAUGGCAUGAAUCAUGUUAAUGAAAUCAUUAUCUCAACCUUCCAAUAUCUGGAAAUGUUGAAAGUUACUUUGCCCGAAGAAUGGAUUCAUAACGAGCUAAAGAGUACCUCUGUUUCCAGUUUCAAGUUUAAGCAAAAAGAUCCUCCAUCUUCCACUGUUUCAAACAUGGCCAGAUGUUUGGAAAAAGAGUAUAUCCCAGUAGUGGAUAUUUUAAGCACCAGUUUGAUCAGAGAGUAUAAUCCAUCAAUGAUUAAGAAGUAUGUUCAAUCGUUGAACUGGGAAAAUUCAAGAAUCAUGCUUACAGGCCAAAAUUUGCCCGUCGAUUGUAAAGAACAAUGGUAUGGAACAGAAUACAAAGUUACCGAUUAUCCUGAGUCUUUACUCAAAAAAUUACCAAAUGUCGGUCUCAAUCCAAAAUUUCACCUACCAAGACCAAACGAGUUCAUCUGCACCAAGUUCGAAGUGAACAAAUUAGACAACGUGAAACCACUAGAUGAGCCAUUUUUAUUGAAAGAUGAUCACUAUAGUAAACUUUGGUAUAAGAAAGAUGACAGAUUUUGGGUUCCAAAAGGCCAUAUUUAUGUUUCCAUGAAAUUACCACAUACAUUUUCUAGUGUUGUUAACAGCAUGUUAACAUCGCUCUAUGUCGAUAUGAUCAAGGAUGCUCUGGUUGACUUACAGUAUGACGCUAGUUGUGCAGAUUUACGCAUCACGCUCGGUAAGACUAACCAAGGUAUCGACAUCCAGGCAUCAGGAUAUAAUGAGAAGUUAACGAUCCUUUUAACAAGAUUUUUAGAGGGCAUUAAAAGCUUCCAACCGAAAGAAUCUCGAUUUAACGUCAUAAAAAACAGAUUACUUCAAAAAUUAAGCAAUCAACAGUACGAUGUGCCUUAUAAUCAAAUCAGUAACGUAUUCAAUUCAUUGGUAAAUGAAAGAUCGUGGACCACAAAAGCAAAGUUAGACGUUACGAAGGACUUAACCUUUGAACACUUGAAAAGCUUUGUUCCAACAAUAUACGAACAAUUAUUCCACGAAUCCUUGGUUCUCGGUAACUUUUCUGUAGAGAUGGCAUAUGAAAUCAACCAAUUGGUUGAUAUACUGGUUGUUGAUCGUAUUCCGAACCUGGAAGUUAAGAACAAUAAGCUGAGAUCGUACAUUCUUCCAGAAGAGAGCGCUUUCAGAUAUGAAUAUAUGCUUGAAGAUAAGGCAAACGUGAACUCUUGUAUCCAAUAUCUGAUUCAGCUAGGAGCCUACUCAGAAGAACUUGCUGCCAAAGCAAGCCUAGUUUCUCAAUUGAUUCAUGAACCCUGUUUUGAUACUUUAAGGACUAAAGAACAAUUGGGAUACAUCGUAUUCAGUGCUGUUGCAAAUACUCAUGGUACUACGAACUUAAGAGUCCUGGUUCAAUCUGAACGUGAUUCGGCUUACGUAGAAUCAAGAAUUGUUAAAUUCUUGAAUUCAUUUGGUGAAGCGUUAAAGGAAAUGCCUGAGGAAGCUUUUGAAAAGCAUAAGUCAGGUCUCAUCAAAAACUUACUACAAAAACUCACAAAUUUGAGACAGGAAUACGACCGUUUCACAACGGCUAUUUAUUUGGCAGACUACAACUUUUGUUCCUACCAGAGAAGGGCCGAUAUCAUUACUAAAUUGAGCAAAGAAGACAUGGUUGAGUUUUACAAAAACUUCGUGCUUUCACCUCGUAGUUCAAGAUUAGCAAUCCACUUAAAAUCUCAAAUUGAAAAGAAAUCUACAGAGGAGGUCGUCGAAGGAUUCCCAACAGGAACCUUAAUUUCUGAUAUUGACGAGUUCAAAUCCAAUUUGUUCUUGGCACCUGUCCGCCAAGCCGUCAAACAAUACGAACCUACCAAUGCAAGGCUAUAG